ACUCCGAUAUGACUUUUAAACCUGUUGUUCUAAAUAAUAUGAAUUCCAAGAUCAGAACAAAUGAAGGCUUUAUUAACAGUCACCAGUAUAACACUAAACUUGCUGUUCAGCCAUUACAGGAGGAUAUUGAACAAAGUAACUCCGAUCUGAAUUUUAAACCAGUUGUUCUGAAUAAUGUAUAUGAUACAUCAUUAGCUGUAGAAAAAGCACCAUUUUAUAAGGCUGGAGAUGAUUUAUUUCAGUAUGUCAUGAGUAAAGUUUCAAGUGCAUUAAUGUCAUUAAAUCAUGCUUCCAACAAGGAAACGGUCGGUUUAUCAACUCGUCUAGCGAACCCUUCUGUAGCACGUGAUAGCCAAACCAGCCUUACACAGACAACAAAUCCUCAACCAAACUCAUCAUAUGUUGAAGUUUUUAAAAAUGGAGAAAAUCAAUUUAAGGUUGAACAUAGAAAGUCAUCGUACCCACAGUUACAAACAGGGAACAAAGAACAAAAUUCAAGUAGAACUUCGCAAGUAAAAGUUGACAAUUGGAAAAAUAAGGAGUUACAACAGAGUUCAAAAUUAAAGAAGGAUAGUGUUUGUCAAGAACUUAUUAUUUUAUCUCACCAUCAACUUGAGAGUAAUUCUGGAAUUGUAACACAACCACUGGAUCACAAGGACAGCAGUCCUGCAGUUGUAACAUCAUCACUGGAUCACAAGGACAGCAGUCCUGCAGUUGUAACACAACCAUUGGCUCACAGGGACAGCAGUCCUGUAGUUGUAGCAUCAUCACUGGCUCACAAGGACAGCAGUCCUGCAGUUGUAACACAACCACUGGCUCACAAGGACAGCAGUCCUGCAGUUGUAACACAACCACUGGAUCACAAGGACAGCAGUCCUGCAGUUGUAGCAUCAUCACUGGCUCACAAGGACAGCAGUCCUGCAGUUGUAACACAACCACUGGCUCACAAGGACAGCAGUCCUGUAGUUGUAGCAUCAUCACUGGAUCACAAUGAUAGUAGUUCUUGCUCCAGAACAACCCAAGACUUCACAAGUAAGCCAGGAAAAACUGCUGUUAUGUUUGCCUCUGAUCUUUUAUCCAAGUCAACUGGAUUAGAAGCUGAGAUAGAAAUGAAAAGUGAAGGUUCUCUUGCACUAUCAAACCCCAAUGUAGCUUUACAGUGUAACACUAGUCGAGACAGUAGAUAUGAAAAGUCACAAUCAUUAAGUUCAAAACAACCGAAAGAAAAACCUACUUCAGACUAUUCAAACACAUUUGAAAAUUCCAUUCCUUCACAUAACGAGGAAAACUUACAUAAAAAUGUUCAUAGUAGUGGCAACACCAGCAGCUCUGUGAAAGAGGAACUUGACAAUGAUGAAACUUUAAAAUCAGUCUCUGAGAGUAUAGAAAUGGAAAGCAUGGCCACAGACAGUACCUCGAAAAAAGACGUAACAUCCAAUGGAAAAACUAAAGAAAAGGAAGUACGGAGUAAGUUGUCACUAAACACUCGGGAAAUACCAGAACUAAAUAAAAAUCAAGAGAACAAAGAAGUACGGAGUAAGUUGUCACUAAACACUCGGGAAAUACCAGAACUAAAUAAAAAUCAGGAAGUACAGAGUAAGUUGUCACUAAACACUCGGGAAAUACCAGAACUAAAUAAAAAUCAAGAGAACAAAAACAUGUUUAAACCUUCGGACAAGCACGCAGACGACUUUCCAUCUUUUUCAAGUCUCAACUCACUGACUGGUUUCACAGACAUGGAAACACCAAGUAUUUCUCUUUCGUCAUCAGUUUCAAAUAAGCUUAGUGGAAGUGAUGUCGAAGAUUUCUAGCUUGUGAGCUAGGAAACUCGCCUGAAAAUAUACUUUAAUUCUAGAAGUUAACCUGGUUUUGUUUUUCAAUAAUGACAGUCACAAAGCUUACAAUAAGAUCACUGUGAUACAAAUGGUAUGAAUACCAAAUAUUUAUAAUUAAAGUUGCUGUUUUCAAAGAUGAAGAUACAAUUUUGAAGUGCCAUUUUCUUUUACAUAAAUAGCCCGAGACAACUAUAACCACACCGGUGGUUAAUAACAAAACUGAAGUUGAACUCGGUAACAUAAAACAUAUUUUAAGCAGCAAGUUUAUUACAGAAGUAGUGUUUGUGCAUACUGGAACCGAUUUGAACUUUUGUAUGUAUGUAUGUGUCAUGUAUUAAAUUUUUAGAAACUGC